AUGCCUUUACAAUCAAUGCCCACGGAAAUCAUCGAAAAAAUCUAUUCUAUGUGUCUGGAGCCAGGCAUGGCGCACGCGUCACCAGUACUUGGCAAGAAGCUCUCGUCAGAGACUAUUUACAGAGCUACCAUGUUGCACGCAUUCUACAAUUUCAGAAAAAUCGAAGUCUCGCAUCUCGUAGACCUGGAAGCGAGAUGCAAGAGACCUCACUACACGUUCGACUACUCUUUUGAACUCGCGAAACCUCGAGAACAGCCAAGUCUCCAGGCGCAAAUUAUGCACACUCGAUGGUUCACGUCGUCACGGUUCGAACGCUUCGUCAAGCAUAUACUUUCGAUCAAAACUCACAUCGCCCUCUCGAAAAUGACCAAUGACAUUUUUGGGCUCAGCAAACAAUUCGCAGAUGGGUUUUUUGGAGACUUCGAUGUCUUUUCAGUGGGGAUUACACGAAUGACCCAUGCAGGAUAUCAUGUUGAAUUACAUGGCGUCCCACAUCCUCACAUCAAGAUCAACACCAGGCGACAGACCCGCAAUACGCUACUACUGAGCUCCUCGGGGAGCUACCUACUUGAGAGCAAUAAGAUGUGA